AUGACCGACCCUUUAGACCUCAUCAUCUGCACCGCCUGCGGCAUCCAAUACCCCACCUCGACAGCGCCCGCUUCAUGUAAAAUCUGCGACGAUCCACGCCAAUACCUCCCACCGACUGGCCAAACAUGGACAACCCUCCGCACCCUCCAAACCGCCACCGACACGACUAACUCAAAGAAAUACACCAACAUCUUCACGCCCUCCAAAAAGCACCCCUCAACACUCAUCUCCAUCCAAACAGCACCCAAACUCGCCAUCGGCCAACGCGCCCUCCUGUGCCGUCUGCCCUCAGGAAAGAACAUCCUCUGGGACUGUCUCACGUACAUUGACGACGAGACGGUGGAUAAGAUCAACGAGCUGGGCGGUCUGCAUGCGAUCGUCAUCUCGCAUCCGCAUUAUUUUUCGACGCAUUUGGUCUGGGCGGAGAGGUUUGGUUGUAAGGUCUACAUGUCUGUUGAGGAUGAGGAGUGGGCGGUUAGGAAGGGGGAGGGGCAGGUUUUUUGGGAGGGGCAGGAGUUGAAUCUAGGUUUGGAUUUGCCUUUAGGGUCACGGUCUUUGUCACGAGCUGAGGCGGAUAUCGUGGCGAUUAAAACCGGGGGCCAUUUCCCGGGGAGUUCGGUGCUGUGGUGGAAAUCGAAGCGGUCGUUGAUGGUGGCGGAUACGAUCUUCGUGGUGCCGAGUGGAGUGUAUCAUGUUGAUCGAGAGCCUGGGACGACUUCGUUUUCGUUUAUGUGGUCGAUUCCGAAUAUGAUUCCUCUUCCUCCGGGUGAGGUGCAUAAUAUCUGGAAGGCGAUUGCGCAUACCGACUUCGACGAUACCUAUGGGGCUUUCCCCGGAUCGGAAACAUACGGCAACAGCAGGGAACGCGUGCUGGAAAGUGCCAAGAUUAUAGUCAAAGCAAUGGGAUACCUAGAUCACGCGAUUCAUCAGGAAGUGUGCUAA